GACACUCCUGCCAACAGCAUCGCCGUGGGAACGAGAAAGAAACAGAGAGAUAGAGAGAGAGAGAUCCGUUUCUAGCGCAGUCAGCACUAAAGUCUCUCAGUGUCUUGUUUCGCUUGCGGGACGAUGGUUUGCGCGUGAGCCAUGCGUUUCUGAGCUCCAGCGCAAGCAUGCAGAGCAAUCCAGAGAAGAGGAGAGACACCGCGUCCCGGGACGAAGCGCAGGCGGACGCGGAGCGCGAGACGCUGAUGAUGGAGCUCACGCGCCUGGUGCAGAAGAGUGUGAGAGAGAGCAGCUGGUGGGAGAGGAGAGGAAUAGACUGCAGCAUCCUCACCGCAGCCUUCAUCAGUUUACCAGCAGGGUUCCUGUUGUUGGGUUCGUCUCAGACGCUGUACUUCCUGUCAGGUGUCCUGAUGAUGGGCGUGGCUCACGCUGUCAUCACUGUUAAAGGCACACACCUGGCCAGUCACGGCGCGCUCAGCGAGUCUCCGGCUUGGACACACUUCUGGGCCGUCUUCUUCAUCGAAGUGUGCGGCUCGUUCUCAGCGCGGGCCGGCGUUCAGGCUCACGUCAAGAUGCAUCACGCUCACACUAAUGUGAUCCCUUUGGGAGACUCCAGCACCUGGAAAAUCCCCUUCCUGCCUCGAUCCGUCUAUCUGUUCAUCGCGCCGCUGGCCGUCCCCAUCAUCACGCCCCUCGUCGCCAUCAAUCAGAUGAAGGGUCAGACUCCGCUCCUGAUCCUGCGCACCGUCCUGUGUGUGUGUCUGGGCUUUUUUUCUCAGUAUUAUCUGCUCAGGUGUGUGUCGGGUCUGUCGUGCAGCUCCGCUCUGCUGGUCAUGCUUCUGUGCAGAGCCAUGUUCUCCCUGCCGUACAUACAUGUCAACAUAUUUCAGCACAUCGGCCUGCCAAUGUUUUCUGCCACUAACCGGCCCAAACGCAUCUACCAGAUGACACACGGAGUCCUGAACCUUCCCCGAAACCCGCUGCUGGACUGGACCUUCGGCCAUUCCCUCAUCAGCUGCCACGUGGAGCAUCACCUCUUCCCUUUCCUGUCUGACAACAUGUGCCUGAAGGUGAAGCCGCUCGUGUCUCAGUAUCUGAAGGAGAAGAAGCUGCCGUAUCAAGAGGACGCUUACAUCUCUCGUCUGAGUCUGUUCUUCCACAGAUAUCAGGAGCUGAUGGUGUUCACACCACACAUCACUGAACUGGUGGGAAUCCAGUGAUGACGGGAUGAAGAGAGAAGACGGACACGGACAUGACCCACGUCCAGAUUUUAUACACUUUCAACUGGUGCAUAAAGGCAUUAGAAUUAAAGUCCACGUGAAACUUGACUCACAACCUGCUUUACUUGCAGAACGUGAUUUAAUUAUGAAAGAAUCAGGGUAUUUGACAAGAAAAAACACGCUAGAUGAGACUCAAAUAAUUGCAUGAGCUGGAAAAGAAAGUGCUUUUAGAGAUUGAUGGAUUAUGGAGAUAAAUAUUUGUUCGUUCAGAAUAAUUUGCACAGAUGAAUCGUGAAUAGACCAGGAUAAUGCAAUAAGAAAGUACAAAGGAUGGUGUUGACUUUGUAAAAAGCAACGCUGUGCAAAGAGAGCCUCUUUUCAUUAACGACUGUGCUUCCUGUUCGCUUCGCUAAAUGACAUUAUUGAAUGAAAGGAUCAUUGUUGUAUGUGCGGAUGUCAGAUCAGUGGUAAUAAAGCACUGCUGUUUUUAUCACACAUGACCUCUGACCCCAGAUCAGCUCUCAGGCUUAAUAUGCAUCUGUAUGAACACUAAAAAGAUGCAUGAAACUUCACCCGAUCUGUGCAGGACACACUUUAGCUUUGGUUCAAGGUUUAGUGAGCUGCCUUUGCUGUCUCUUAAAGGGAAAGUACACCUAAAAAUUACAAUUCUGUCAUUUACUCACCCUCAGGUUGAUCCAAACCUGUAUGAAUGUCUUUCAGCUGUUGAACACAAAAGAAAAUAUUUUAA